CUAUCAUCAGAAGAAUUAAAGCUUUGAGCUAAUAGACAAAUUUUUUAAGAUAUAAUAUUAAUUAUUAAGUUAGUUUUCAAAACCCAGAUUGAGAGAGAGAGAGAGAGAGAGAGAAAGAGAGAGUCAUGGGAACCUUGUUCUUGAACCAGAUCAAGAGGCAAGCAAGUUCUUUUCUACAGGAGAAAUACAAAAAUGCAAGAUUGGCUUUAACUGAUGUUAGCAGAAUUGAAUUGUUGGCUGAGGAAGCAACAAAUAAUGAUCCAUGGGGCCCUGUUGCUAAAACAAUGACUAUAAUAGCUGAGGCAUCUUAUGGGAUAGAUGAUUACUGGAGAAUUGUUGAUGUUCUUCACAGAAGGUUUGAUAAUAUAGAUUGGAAGGAAUGGAGGCAGUGCUACAAGUCACUGGUACUUCUUGAGUUCCUAUUAACACAUGGCCCUGAAGAAUUUGCGGUAGAAUUUCAAUGUGACAGCGAUGUAAUAGACGAGCUUGGAACAUUUAAAUACAUAGAUAACAAAGGUUUUGACUGGGGAGCUAACAUGCAAAAAAGAUCGGAUCACAUAUUAAAACUACUGGAAGGAGGAGACAUGUUAAAAGAAGAACGUUUAAAAGCUAUAAAAAUAACAAAAGAGAUCCAUGGAUUUGGGAGUUUGAGCAUAACAUCUCCUCGUUCUCCUUCAUCAGCAACCUCUGGAUCAUCAAGAACUUCAUCUUCUGGGUCAUAUUCAUUUACAGGUUCCUUGUUCAAUGACCCAUUAUUUUUUACAAAAGAAGAAGAAAACACAGAUUCUCUCGAAGGAUUAUUCCUUCAAGAAAUGAGGGAUAAAAUUACUGAUGCAAGUAACAAUAAUAAUAAUAACAACAAUAGUAAUAAAGAUUUGAAAGGGUUGCAUAUGUGGGAUUGCCCUCCGAUUCAAGAAACGGGUUCUUUGUUGAACUGUGAAGAUGAUGGGCUGAAGGGGAAGAUGGUAAAGGGGAUGGAAAAACAAGAAGGGUCGGUUAAUGGAAUUUGCUUGAAGCUUGCCGGUGGUAUUAUUAGUCCAAGAAAAUGUCACGGUCAUCAGAAUAAAGAGUUUUUCAGGAGCAUUUCUGAUGUGGGGAAGUUGAUAAAGAAAAAGUAUGAUCGCCAAUUUUCCUUGGGAUACUAAUACAGGAUUAAUUAUUUUUUGAUAAAUUAUCUUUUUGGGUUUGGUUCAUACAGUUCCCAUUCAAUUUUGUUAUGUAAUUUUUUUUUUCUUUCUUUUUCUUUUUGGCCAAAAUCAAAAACAUAUAAUAAAGUAGUAACGAUGAGUGUACAUAUAUAAAUAUGUCACCAUUAUUGUGGAAAUGUAAUUAAUGUGAAUGAGUAUAGAAUGCAAUUUUGUUCUGUUU